UUUCAGAUGACUUCCAAGAGACUAAGAAAGAAUCUUGUCUUCACCUUGUUUUUGUUCUCUGCUGGAUUCUAUUUAUUUUACAAGCUGACUUCUAUCGGAAUUUGUAUAUUCUCUCCAACAGGCAAUGGAAAUAUUUUAUUUAAAAGGGCUAGUGGACAUUUUUUGCACCUGCCACAUAUAGAUUGCAAUAGGAACCCUCCAUUCCUGGUAAUUCUUGUAACAUCAUCACCUGAUAGCCAAUCAGACACUCGGAUGGCUAUCCGCGACACAUGGGGCAAAGAAAAAUUAAUUGCCAACAAACGCAUUAUGACAUUUUUUCUUCUGGGAAUUACUUUGAAACAUGACAAUCAGAUUGUUGUUGCUGCUGAAAGCCAAAAAUAUAAAGACAUCAUCCAAAAGGAUUUUAUAGAUACCUAUUAUAAUUUAACAUUAAAGACUAUGAUGGGCAUUGAGUGGGUCUACAGGUUCUGUCCACAAUCUAGCUUUGUCAUGAAAACUGACUCUGACAUGUUUAUCAAUCCCUACUAUCUGACUGAACUCCUUUUAAAGAAAAACAGGACCACCAGAUUUUUCACUGGCUUUUUAAAACUGAAUGAGCAUCCAAUACGACAAUUUUUUAGCAAGUGGUCUGUGAGUAACUGUGAAUUUCCAGGAAAUAAUUAUCCUCCUUUUUGUUCAGGGACUGGUUAUGUUUUCUCCACUGAUGUUGCUAAUCAGGUGUAUAAUGUUUCUGAAAAUAUCCCUUUCAUUAAACUGGAAGAUGUUUUCAUAGGUCUGUGCCUUGCUGAACUCAGUAUUAUACCAGAGGAACUCCAUUCAGAGCAAACAUUCUUUCCAGAAGGAGUGACGUUUUCUGCAUGUCAUUUUAAGAAAAUUGUGACAAGCCAUUUUGUCAAACCUCAUGACUUGCUAGUCCGCUGGAAUGCACUGGAGACAUCCAUGGAUAAAGUGUGUUCAGGUGAUUGA